AUGUCAACCUCUCUAGAGAUUCAACCAGUCACGGCCGACGAUGUACCCGCAAUCACCCAACUCUGGUACACGGCCUUCGGGAUCCCGUUGAAUCUGCGCAUGUUCCCAGAUACACCCGGCGUGCGUGGCUGGUGGAACGAGGCCAAUCGUCAGGACGUGCUCUCCAACCCCCGGCGAACAUUACUCAAGGUGGUCGAUCCGGCCACGGAUCAGAUCGUCGCAUACGCCAAGUGGGAUCUUGACCCGUCUGACAGUGGCGCGCGGUUCCCACCCUGGCACGCCGAGUCGGAUCGGGAGACCUGCGAACGCCUGUUCGCCGGCAUGGAGCAGCAGCGCAAGGCCUUUUUUGGGGAUCGCAAGCAUUUCUUAUCGCGGUCGAGGGGCGGCAUCGAUGCUGGUCCAGUGGGGGUUGAUCGUGCGGACGAGAAGGGGGUGCCGGUCUAUCUGGAUGCGCACGAAGAUGCGGCACCGCUCUACAGGAGAUUUGGAUUUCAGGAUUGCUACGAGCAUGGCGUGACAUCGGAUGGAGCUCUGCCCAUGGUUCGAGAGCCGCAGCAGAAGGAGCGCUGA